AUGGGGAAGGAGGAGCAGUCAGAAAGUAGAUGGGAAGAGGAGUACACGGUGCGUGUCCAGCUUCAGGACCGGGUGACUGAGCUGCAGGAGGAAGCCCAGGAGGCUGAAGCUUGCCAGGAGGAGCUGGCCAUGAAGGUGGAGCAGCUUAAGGCAGAGCUUGUUGUCUUCAAGGGACUGAUGAGCAAUAAUAUCACAGAGCUGGACACAAAGAUCCAAGAGAAGGCCAUGAAGGUGGACAUGGACAUCUGCCGGCGCAUCGACAUCACUGCCAAGCUGUGUGACGUGGCACAGCAGAGGAACUGCGAGGACAUGAUCAAGAUGUUUCAGAAGCAACUGGUCCCAGCCUCGGUGGGGCGGAAGCGGGAGCGCAAGCAGGUCAGCGACGAAGACACCUCACUAUCAGAGAGUGAUGCCUCCCGAAAACCUGAAGAGGAAGAGGAGGAUGAGACCACUGCCAUGAGUAUCAAUGAGGAAAUGCAGAGGAUGCUGAACCAGCUGAGGGAGUAUGACUUUGAAGAUGACUGUGACAGCCUCACGUGGGAGGAGACAGAAGAAACGCUGCUCCUCUGGGAGGACUUCUCUGGAUAUGCCAUUGCAGCCGCAGAGGUGCAGGGGGAGCAGCAGGACGACAGCCUGGAGAAGGUGAUCAAGGACACGGAGUCACUGUUCAAGAGCCGUGAGAAGGAGUACCAGGAAACCAUCGACCAAAUAGAGCUGGAACUGGCCACAGCCAAGAACGACAUGAACCGGCACCUUCACGAGUACAUGGAAAUGUGCAGCAUGAAGCGAGGCUUGGACGUGCAGAUGGAGACUUGCCGGCGGCUCAUCACCCAGUCUGGGGACAGGAAGUCUCCUGCCUUCACCCCGAGCUCCAACAGCGAGUCAGCCCCGAAUGAGGAGAGUGAGGAAUCGGACCGUGAUCCACCCAGCGAUGCUUCUAUCAGAUAAUGAGGGGAGGCCCUGCUCCCUUGGACCCCCUUCCUGGCAUGGGGGUGCCUGAGUCACGCCUGGGAGAGACUGUCAGGGACGUGGAACCACUGGUAAACGUCUGUCACCCAGGCUCACUCCCAUUUUGGGGUGCUUGGCAGAUCCCACACACCCCCCUCACCGGAUACCUUGCAAAUGGGAAUAGCUAGAUAGACCUGAGGGCCCUUGCCCGGGCUGCUCUGCCUUCAGCCCCUUCUCUAUUCCCUUUUCCUGCUUUGGUUAAACCGUGGUUCGGGCAGGGAGGCUCCAAACCUGCCAUGGUGGCGUUCUCCAGGACCUGUUCCCAGGCCCCCCCAGACCCACCUCCUCUGGCCUCCGUCCUGGUACACUUGACUUGCCCCCUGCCCUCCCUGCGCUACACGGAGCUGAACGAGAGCCGUACCUCCCUGCAAACUGGACCUGACACUGGUGCCAACUGGACCGAGCCCAGGGCUCUCUCUGUCCUUGCUGCUGGCUGGGCGCCUGGCUGGUGCCCCUGCCAUGCCGGGCACCCCGAGCCCUCCCACCCCUCCUCCGGGUUGGGGGCCAAGUCCCGCUCACUGUGCACUUUGCUUUGCCGCCCGUCGGCGAUGCGCUCACGUCUGUGUUACGGGGGCGAGGUCAUUAAAUGGGACAAUUUCCUUUUCUACAGCUUCGCCGGGUGUGGGCUCUCCCUGUGCUGUCGCGGGCGAUGCGUGGCUUGAGGCAGGGGGUGUCCUCCACCAGGCCCCCAAGCUUACAUCAUUGGGUCCCCUUAUGGGGCAGUCCCAUCCCUUGGGCAUGCUGGGUGGGACUGGCAGAUGGGACAGUGGUGAGGUCCCUGUUCUGAGAG